AUGACCAUGAACAUCUUAAGGUUUGAGGAUGAGAAGUUUCUGGAGCAGCUUUUUCACUCCAUCGACAAGCUGAAGGGAACAUGGAGACCUGGCGAGCCUCCAUUGAUAAGAGGUUGGCUCCCUUAUGUUGGAAUGGCCCUGAAAUUACAAAAAAAUCCCUUAGGUUUCAUAAAAUCUCUUCAAAAGCAGCAUGGUGACACUUUUACAGUUCUCCUUGGAGGGAAGUACAUAACAUUUAUCUUGGACCCUUUCCAGUACCACUUACUAUUGAAAAGUCACAAACACUUAAGCUUUCGACAAUUCGGUAGUAAGAUAGUAGAAAAAGCAUUUGGUAUCAAGAGCUUAGCAAGCAAUGCUGACCUGGAUGAUGAGCUUCACACCUGCUAUCAACUUUUGCAAGGCAAAUCUUUGGACAUACUCUUGGAAAGCAUGAUGCAGAAUCUAAGACAAGUGCUUGAACACAAACUAUCAAAGACCACAAGUUGGGACAUGGCACAAAUGUUGACGUUCUGCAGCUCAAUAAUGUUUGAGGUCACAUUUAUAACCCUAUAUGGAAAAGUUAUUGCUGAUGACAGGAAAGACUAUAUCAGUAAGCUAAGGGAUGAUUUUAUAAAAUUGGAUGACAAGUUUCCAUAUUUAAUGUCCAACAUACCCAUUGAGCUUCUAGGAGAUGUCAAAACUGUUCAGAAGAGGCUUAUAAAAUGCUUAACAUCAGAGAACUUAGCUAAGUUACAAGGAUGGUCAGAAAUUGUUCAAAUGAGGCAAAACAUUUUGGAGAAAUAUCUUGUGCGUGAGGACUUUGAAAUAGGAGCACAUCAUUUAGCCUUUCUCUGGGCCUCUGUGGCAAACACUAUUCCAGUUAUGUUCUGGGCACUGUAUUAUCUUCUGCGACACCCAAAAGCUAUGGCAGCGGUGCGUGACGAAAUUGACCAUUUGCGGCAGUCAACAGGUCAAAAAAAAGGGUCUGGAUUUUCCAUCUACUUCACCAGAGAACAAAUGGACAGCCUGGUCUACCUAGAAAGCACCAUUCUUGAGGUUUUCCGACUGUGCUCACUUUCAAGUACCGUUCGUACUGUCCAAGAGGAUUUGGCUCUCAAUUCAGAGACCGGGGACUACUGUGUGCGAAAAGGAGACUUAGUAGCCAUCUUUCCUGCAGUCUUACAUAAGGACCCCGAAGUCUUUGAAGCUCCAGAGGAGUUUAGAUACGAUCGCUUUACAGAAGAUGGUAAGAAGAAAACCACCUUUUUCAAAGGAGAGAAAAAGCUGAAGUUUUACCUCAUGCCAUUUGGAUUUGGAGCCAGCAAAUGUCCGGGCCGAUUUUUUGCAGUUACUGAAAUAAAACAAUUGUUGAUUGUACUUUUAACAUGUUUUGAUUUAGAAAUAGUUGACAAUAAGCCUAUAGCACUAAACUACAGCCGCUUACUGUUUGGUAUUCAGUAUCCAGAUUCUGAUGUUUUAUUUAGGUACAAGAUAAAAUCUUAGAGAAGUUAAAAGGAAAGAAAAGAAAUCUAUCAAAACUAACCUAAAUGUCAUAAGCACAACUAUUUGUUUUUAAUUUCUGUGAAUGUAAUUGCUUUGUUUGUUUGUUUAAAAAGUGCCGAUUUCUAUUUGAUCUGAGAUCAGUUCAUUUUGGACUCGGUCACAGACCCUAUCAUAAAAUAAAACAGAAUGAUAGCAUGGAAAUGGACAUCAAAUUCAACUUAUUGAUAAGCUCAAAAUAGCUUAUUUUACUUUCUACCAUUGCAAUUUUCACUUGUUAUAGUAAACGUACCUUUACAGCAAUACUUGGCACUGUGGGAUUUUUUUUAAGUAACUCAAAUUCUUCUCUAAUGUGAAGAACACACUGUAUGUACUACUGAAAAAUUGUGCUGGCAAUGGACACCAUCUAACAAAUUUCAAAUUCUCAAAUGAGAGGAAAAUUAAAUUUCCAUGAGCUACACUGGCUGAAAAUGUUCCCUUCAAGUGUAAUAUCAAUAAUAUCUAUAUUGCCAGUGUACGUUUGCAUUAAAUGAGUUUUGCAGUAGAUUAAAUGCUUCAACUUCACUUCAAUAUUUAAUCAUCCAUAAAUGAUCUUUAUUACUUUGUAUACUAUGGCUCAAUGGAACAAAAUUUCUUGUAUUACAUAAGACCUCUCAUAUUCAAGUUAGAUACUGAUAAGGUAUAAUACAUAAGAAAACACAAAACCUAUUAUAUAUUCAGCAAUUGCCCUAGACAUUAGUAUUAGGUUUAUGAUAGGAGACAAUGUUGAAAUCAUUACAGCAUCAAUUGUAGUGUGUGGCUUUACUGUAAGCUAUAAGAGCCACUGUUGCAGUUAACCCUUUCCUGAAUGCUUCCACUUAUAUAAACAGAGAAGCUAUAUAGCAGUAUUUGUUCUUGACAGUUCACCUUUUGGACUUGGAGUUUAUUUCUGUUAUUUUGAAUUACAACAUUAUAUGAUGCAGUAUAAUUUUAUAUGACAGACACAGUGCAGCAUUGUGUCAGUGAUUCAAAGCCUUCUUAUAUCAGAUUACCCCUUGACUGGCAUAUGACUUAAAUCAUGAUGCAAUUUACAAAGAGGCAAGGCAGGCAAUAAAGCCCAGUUAAUUCAUGUUGCAUUAAUUGGAACUUCUAAUAUUCCAGAAAUUUGCUAUGGUGUUUUUAAUUGAUUUUCAAACUAACAUUAUAAAGUACUUAUGAUACCCAAUAAGUAAAUAAGAUAUUCUAGCAUUUAUUUUCUCCUUCCUGAAGUACAUGCUCCGAAUGUUCCUUUAGCGAAGGUCUGCUGGUGUAAUUUCUGAUUUUGCUUGAUUGAGGAUGUCUUUAUUUUUGCCCUCAUUCUUGAAGGAUGGUUUUGCUGGAGCACAAGGCUAGGUUGGCAGUAAUUUCCUCACACCACUUUGAAGAUAUCAUGUGUUAUUAAUGCUGCCAUCCUUGUUAUUCAGAGGUUUGCCAUUAGUCAAUUUGAUUACUCAGCAGGUAGUCUGCCUCUUCUCUCUGGCUACGUUAACACGUUCUCUUUGUCUUUGAUGUUCUUAGUUUCUGUUUAUCAUCUUGCCUGUCAAGCUGCUUCAUGAGUCUGAGAAUGGGUGUCUUUCAUCAAUGGAAUAUUCUUAGUCAUUCUCUCUUUGAGUGUUACCUCUCUCAGACUCUGUGUUAGAUCUUCUCACUCUGCACUCCAUGCUGUUUGACCUUUUCUCCCCAUAUUUUUCUGUUUCCAACUUACAUUCCAGGUAAUUUCUUUAGAUGUCUUUUCAGUUUCUUCUUCAUGCAGUUUAUCUUAUCUAUUCUUUAACUCAUCUAUUGCAUUUGUUUCUUCCAUUAUUUUUAUUUUAACUUUCAUUCUCCCUAAGAUGUUCUAAAUUUGUUAUGUUCCACCCUCAGAUCAGACUACUCUCUCCCUUCUGUGGGGUCUUCAUGAUUGAUUUUGAAUCAGGGUGCUAGCCUCCAGCCUGUCAGCCUUCAUUCAGGUUUUUCCAUUCCACUGAGUUUGCUGAGUUCAGUGGUUACAUUUCUCAGUUUCCCUGGUCAUUUUUGAUAAUAUGCUGUUUCUUCAUCAUACCCUUGAUAUCCUCUUUCAUUUCUUUAACUGUAUUAAGCAAACAUAUUUUAUAUUUUCUAUCUAAUAUUCCCAAAUCACUGGUGUUUUGUGGGUCUGAUUUUGUAGUUUAUUUUGCCUUUAACUUUUGCCUGGAAUGGCUUGUUCACUGAAAUCAUGUUCCUUGGAAUUUUAUCUCUGGAAAAUGUUUUAGACCUGGGUUUAAAGUUCUUUCCCCCAGAGAGAAUUUGUGUUUGCUUUUGUCUGACUACUGAUGCUACUAUUAAAUUCAGAUCACUUUAAAUUUUCUGCUUGAAUAUUAGAGAGGAGGGAGGGGACGCUACAUAGGUAUUGUGGGUUCUGUUCCUAAAUCAGGUAGAAUGGAAUCCUAUGAAUAGACAGGAGAGGUUUUCUGGGGUUUUUGUUUGUUCGUUUGAUUCACCCAAAGCCAAGGUUCAGACCGGCAAGUAUACCUACAGUCUUGCUCUGUGAAGCAAAGUUUCUUUCCAGUUCACCUACCAAAUAUGUUGGCUCUACAAGUUCUUGGCUUUAUGCAUUAGAAGUGUGUACAGGAACUUACAAUAGAAAGCAAGAAUAAGUAAAAUGGUUGAGAAAUGAUUAUAUAAAAGGAAUGGGCAGUAGAACUAAAACAAAACAAGAGAGUCUUAUGACAGAUUUAAAUCUAGUAACUAAAGAGUGUUUAUGAACAGAAAAAAAAUGUCACGGAUUAAUAAGUUAAAAGACAUGGAUUCUAGGUGUGACAGAAUUGGUUAUUUAUCAUCAAUGAGUCACUUUGCCUUUCAAUGCUUUAGUGUCUUCAUUUGCAAAAUAAAAAUAAUAUGGCCUUUUUGACAUCAGGGCUCAUUACAAGGAUUAAACACAGUAAUGUAUGAACUUAUUUUGAAAAGUAUAAUGCGGUAUACAAAUGCAAAGGGUAACAGAGAUAUUUGAACAAUGCUGUGCCUUUAAAAAAUCGUUCUUAUAUAUUUGUUAAGGGGAAUAACUUUUUAUAGUCAUUAGUUAAGUCAUUAUUCAUUAUUCAACCAAACAUUUAUUGAGCACUUCCUAUAUUCUUGAUACAAUGUGAUGCACUAGGUCACCCUUCCCCUUUAAGAACACAAUUUAUUUGAGAAAACAACACACACACACACACAACUAAUUUAUUAUAAAUGUAGUUGCAAGUAAUAAGUUCAUCUCUUUAAAACUAUUCUAAAAUUCUGAUUUAUCACUAGUACUAACUAGCCUUCCAUCAAUCAUUCCAAAGCAGCAUUUCAUAAUGAGAAAUCACUGUCUAUACUUAUGCACAAUAAAAACAUGUACAACAGGUAUUGUGAUAAUAUGAUAAAAAUAACCAAAACAAAAUGCAGUUACUGAGGCUCCAGAAGUUUUUCAAAACUGUGUUGUAUAUUGUGAAAACCCAUCUUUUAACUUUUACAGAUUCACCUAAAUUUCAAAUUAAAGGAAAUAAAUAAUUUAUACUCAAUAUACUGUUUUACAUCAACAACCCACAGUAAUGAAGCAUUCAAUUAGCAGAAACUAAAGCCCUAAAGGAAUUAAGAAAAAAGCUAUUUAUCACUAAACAAGGCAUUCUGAUAUGCAACCUAUAUGGGAACUUUUAUCUGCCAUGUUUUGGUUUCCCUGGCACACUUCAUUAUCUCAUUUCCGUUUAUCAUUAAGUUUUGGAUCACAAAUCUAAAGCAAAGGAACUUCCAUACUCAAAAUCUACACGGUUACUUGUGCUUAUUUUAUCAUAAAAAAUAAUAUGGCUAAUAUUUUCUGUAAGCAUUUUCUAGAUUAAGAGUGGAAUCUUAAAAUGCUUCAAAGACCAAAGCACAAAAUUCAUCUAAGUUUUGAUCUUAGUACAAAAGAAUGGCAAUAAUUGUGUAAACAAGAGUUACAUGCCACUACAAUGUGUACUUUUUUAACCUAUUAAAUUCACCAAUAUUGCAAACUAUUAUUUACUUGCACUGCAUUAUUAGGUAUUCAUAUUCACAUACUCAAUUAAGAAAAAGUUAGCAAGCCAAGAUUACAUUCCCUGUAGCAUUAUUUUAAAUUAUAAUGAGCGAUCACAUAAAACUCUCUUGCAUUUAUCUAAAGCAAUUACUACUUAUUCUACUUCAGUGUUAAUGUAAAUCAGUAGUCAUUGAUGUUUGAACUUUUUAGCUUAAAUGUUUAUUUUGGUGAUAGUGCUUUCUAGAGUAAAAUAAACUUAAUUUAUAAAAAAUUCAACUGCACAAUUUUAAGUGGGUGAUAAUUUGCCAAUACUUAUGUUUUAAAAUAUUUGGUAGAGAGAAAAGUGCUGUAUGUUAUAAAUGUUGUCUGGAAUUAUUUUUUCCAUAUUAUCUUUUGAUUUUAAAAUGGCAUAUAUGUGGAUUUUUGAGGAAGCAAGUUUUAAAAAGAUGUUAGAUAAAAAUGCAAAUAUUUCGCAAAUCUAAUAUUUAGUGUUCUUUUAUUUACAACAAAACUGCAAUAAAUGAACUUUUAAAGCACA